AUGAGAGUAGAGGACAAAAAAAGAUCCCUAACAGUUGCCCCCUUCAAGUGUGCUUGGGGCGAGGAGUUCCGGUUUGUGGAGGCUGGGCGUGGGUGCAUUGCGUUCGAGGCAUCUGCCCAGAAUGAUGUUACCCUGGUGUUCCGUGAACAGCCUGGGAGCCAGCACUACCACUACAAAAUGGACAGCAGUCGUCAUUACGCUGUCAUCUUGGGUAGCCAUAGGAACAAAAGGUUGAAGAUUGAAGUGGACGGAAGGACUGUUGUCGAUGAAGCUGGAGUCGGCCUAUGCCGCUCAUCAUCUUUCCAGAGCUACUGGAUCAGCAUCUAUGAUGGAUUGAUAAGCAUUGGACAAGGAAGGCAUCCAAACAACAAUGUCCUCUUCCAGUGGCUCGACCCUGAUCCCAACCGGAAUGUUCAGUAUGUCGGAUUAUCCAGCUGGGACAAGCACGUGGGCUACCGAAAUAUAAGUGUUCUUCCAUCAGCUCCUCAAAACAGCAUCCGUUGGAGUCAAAUUGAGUAUGCAUAUGCUGAGCGGCACGGGGAAGGAGAUCAUGCUAAAAAUGAAGAAUCAAAAGAUGGCUGUGAGCAAAGGGUGAUUGCAGACUUUCUUGAGAGCUGGGAUUUCUCCGAUGCUAUGUUUGUUGUUGGUAGUGAAAGAAAGGUUGUCCCUGCGCACAAAAUUGUCUUGGCUGCUUCUGGAGAGUUUGAUUUUAUCUCAAUGAGUGGAACUGCCAUCGAGCUUCCGUCAUUCUCCUACCCAGUUCUCCACUCGCUUCUUGAGUAUAUCUAUACUGGGUCUACUCAGAUUGCAGAGUGGCAACUGGAUUCACUGCUGGAGUUGAGCUUACAAUUUAAAGUUAAACCUUUGGUAAAACGUUGUGAGGAAAUGCUCGACUGUUUUACUAAGAUGGAUAAUGAUCUCUCUGUGUCUAGUAGAAAGUUAGAAGUAUCAAGUAGUGGAUCUAAAGCCCAUCAAGUUGAUUAUUUCCCUUUCAAGGCUCCAGUGAGUGUGCAGAAAAUCAAACAAUUCCUUGCAAGUGGUGAGCAUAGUGAUAUAAACUUCUUUGUUAGUGGACAAGGUUUUGUUGCCAAGGCUCACAAACUCGUCCUUAGCUUGUGGAGCAUGCCAUUCGCCAAGAUGUUCACAAAUGGAAUGAAAGAAAGCAGCGCUCCAAAUGUAUUUUUCGAAGAUGCUUCUGCUGAAGCAUUUUCUCUCCUCCUUCAGUUUAUGUACAGUGGGGAACUUAAAGUGGAUAACCGGUAUAUCACACCUGCAUUGGUUCAGCUCCUCUUAUUAUCAGAUCAGUUUGGCAUCACUGUUCUUCAGUUUGAAUGCUGUAAAAGAAUUAUGGAAUUCCUUUCAGAGGACACAGUAUGUUCAGUAUUACAAGCAGUGUCAUCAAUACCAUCUUGUAAACUGCUUGAAGAAAUGUGCAAACAGAAUUUUGCAACACACUUUGAUUAUUGCACAACUGCUUGCACGGACUUUGUGCUGUUAGAUGAGGCAACAUUUAAGGAUAUUCUUCAGCAAGGUGAUAUGACUGUGACAUCGGAAGAGAAGGUUCUGGAUGCCAUCUUAACAUGGUGUAUGGAGGCUUGUGAAACUUUUUACUGGAGUUCUGUAGAUAAGCUAUUAAGCACUUCAACACCAGAGCAGCUCUUUGGAGAGAGGCUCACCGCCAUCAAUACUUUACUACCAUUUGUGCGGUUCCCUCUAAUGCCGCCGUCUCUCCUUCAGCGGAUGGAGAAAAGUAACCUAGCAAAGCACAUACAACUGUUCAGACAGUUGGUUGCAGAAGCCAUUGAGUUCUCUAAUGCUGGUGCUUGGAUGAUGAUGACAAACAAAUGUGAGAGAUUUCUACAUAGACGCUCAAGCUAUAGAGAGCUUCAGUAUAUUUCUGAUGGUGAUAACAAUGGUGUGAUCUACUAUGCUGGGACGUCAUUCGGGAAGCAUCAAUGGAUCAAUCCUGUUUUAGCCAAGAAUAUCACUGUGACGGCAAGCAGCCCAAAUUCGAGGUACACGGAUCCAAAGGCUCUGGUUUCAAAAAAUUACCAGGGGACUUGUUUUGCUGGGCCUCGAGACGAAGAUGGCAAGAAGUGUUCUUGGUGGAUGGUAGACAUUGGACAGGACCACCAGCUUAUGUGCAACUACUACACGGUAAGGCAGGAUGGCUCUACGGCAUUGUGA